UCCUCUUUCGAGCUCCUAAUCCUCAAUGUCUGCCCGGGAAAGCCGGAAGUCGCGUUCGACCCCCGAUCUAAUCCCUCUCCUUAACCGAAAUCCCAAUCCUCCAUUAAUCUUCCUUCGUCGUCGUCUUCUUCCUCGUCCAUCGCAGGUAGGCCUCACCUGGCCCCACCACGUACGUAGACACGCACUCGCUGCAACGAUAUUUCAUUUCUUUGCUUCGUGGAUCGUCGCCUCUCCCCGGUCUUCCUCUGCCUCCUCCUCCUCCAUGGGGGAAGCGUCGCCGGUGCCGCCUCCGCCCGACGCCGGCGCCGCCUUCGUCCUCGAAUCGAAGGGGAGUUGGUGGCACGCGGGGUUCCAUCUCACGACGGCGAUCGUCGGCCCCACAAUCCUGACGCUGCCGUACGCAUUCCGAGGGCUGGGCUGGGGGGUGGGGCUGGCGGCGCUGACGGUCGUGGGCGCCGUCACCUUCUACGCCUACACCCUCAUGUCCAAGGUCCUGGAUCACUGCGAGAAGCAAGGCCGACGGCACAUCCGGUUCCGGGAACUCGCCGCCGACGUCUUGGGCUCCGGUUGGAUGUUCUACUUCGUGGUGUUCUUCCAGACUGCCAUCAACACCGGAGUGAGCAUCGGCUGCGUCUUGCUCGCCGGAGAAUGCCUCAAGAUCAUGUACUCCAGUCUUUCUCCUGAUGGUCCCUUGAGGCUGUAUCACUUCAUCGUUAUGGUGACAGUGGUGCUGAUCCUUCUCUCGCAGCUGCCAUCCUUCCACUCUCUCCGGCACAUCAAUCUGGUCUCCCUUUUUCUGAGCUUGGGUUACACUACUCUCGUAGCUGCAGGCUGCAUCAACGCAGGUUACUCCAGAAAUGCUCCUCCGAGGAACUAUUCAUUGGACUCAUCCAGGGUUCAGAGAACCUUCAAUGCCUUCACGUCCAUCUCCAUCCUGGCUUCGCUCUAUGGAAAUGGAAUACUUCCGGAAAUCCAGGCAACCAUGGCACCUCCAGCCACCGGAAAGAUGGUGAAAGGGCUGAUGCUGUGCUACUCCGUGAUCAUCGUGACGUUCUACUCGGCUGCAGUCUCUGGUUACUGGGCCUUCGGAAACAAGGUGAACUCCAAUGUGCUCGACAGCCUUCUUCCCGACUCGGGACCUUCCCUGGCACCCACAUGGCUACUGGGGCUUGCGGUCGUCUUCGUCCUCCUCCAACUCUUAGCCAUUGGCUUGGUUUACUCCCAGGUCGCUUACGAGAUCAUCGAGAAGAAUUCAGCCGACAUCAAGAAGAGCAAGUUCUCCAAGAGAAACCUCGUGCCCAGGCUGAUCCUUAGAACGCUCUACAUGGCGUUCUGUGGAUUCAUGGCUGCGAUGCUCCCGUUCUUUGGCGACAUCGUUGCCGUCGUCGGCGCGAUCGGGUUCAUCCCUCUGGAUUUCGUACUCCCCAUGCUUCUGUACAACAUUUCCAUCGGCCCUUCCAAGCGCUCGGCGAUCCACUGGAUCAACAUCUUCAUCAUGGUUGUGUUCACCGGAGUCGGCAUCAUGGGGGCGUUCGCCUCCAUCAGGAAGCUGGUGCUCGACGCCCACCAAUUCAAGCUCUUCAGCAAUGAUGUGGUGGGUUGACGACGGACAGUCAUCGAUUUCAUCCUCUUCUCAACAGAGGAUGAGUGUUUUCAAGAUUGUUCGGUCCUGCAGAGAGAGCACAUGUACUAAUACCAUAGUAAAGAAAGUCGUAGCUUCCGGUCAGCGUUGUUCGUGAAUGGCAGCAUAUGAUUUCCAAGGAAUUUUUGAUCCUACAA